GCUAGGCACUGCAUUAGUCGGGCAAGGCGUUAUGGCUCCGAAGAAGAAGGCAGCGGCUGAGCCGAAAGGCUCGCCGCUGAAGAAGCUGAAGAAGGGCGCGGCUGUGUGGGAGUGGAAGGAUGGAACCUCCUGGAAGGCCUACCUGGACGAGGACUGCCAGAUGUUGGACCACCUCUUUGCCGCGGCGGGCGAGAAGGGCAAGGUGGUCACUACAGACUUCUCCUUCAACAAGGAGUUUCAGACGAAGUACGAGCUGAACUUCUCCAAGAUGAGCCAGACCAACCUGGACAGCAAGAAGUCUCGCACCAUCCGGCGGAAAGGUGAAGCCCCAGCCGUGGUGAAGAAAGCGGUCUGGGAGUGGUGGUCGGACGAGAAUGAGUGGGAACCUUUUGCCGACGUGGACGGCCAAACCUUGGAGAAGGCCUACGUAGCGGGCGAGACGCCUUUUAGCACCAAGAAGCUCAGCUGGAAUGAAGGCUAUGACAGCCUCUACAUCUUCGACUUCACAGUCAUGACGCAGGUGAACUGUGACAGCAAGACCUCGCGCAAGAUCCAGCGCACCGCGGCAGGCGGCUCCAAGGUCUUCGGGCACACCGAAGGAGAGGAUGACGGCUACGCUGGCGCCUUUGGCUUUCUGUCCGACAAGGCUGGCGACAGCACGGUGAUGUUUGCCGGCAAGUUCGAGCCCAGCCUCCCGCCCGCCGUGGUGGCGCAGCAGAAGAAGCUGGGGGCGCAAUCCCUUCGGAAGAGGAAGAAGGAUUAUGGGCCCAUUGUCUCCAAAGAUGAGCACGGGAGGAAAUGCUUUGAUGAGAUGCUUCAGAACGAGAAGGAGUUCUGCGGGGAGUGGGUGGCGUUCUACCACAGCUACUCCAGCGCAGCGCUGCUGUACGAGGUGCAAGCCGCUGUGGCCUCAGUGCUCUUCCGCUUCAAGGCGGAGUUCGCGGCGCUGCCGCGGCUCUUGUGCAAGCCCUUCCACCACAUCCCCACGGCCAAGCGGAUGCUGGAGGAGUUCCCCAAGUGGAAGGACCAGGACCACAACCAGGCCUUCCGGCUGGUGGGCCUUUGCGGCACCACAGGCCUGCUGGCUCCGGACUCGGAGGCCCCCGCCAAGUCUGUGUUCCUGGCGGGCUACAGUGUCGGGCCGCUGAAGGGCGUCUUGGAGAAGCUCCUCACCAGCUGCGGGGUGCCUGCGGGCAAGGUGAAGAACCUGGCGGCAGACAUCAUCAAGCUGGCGGUGAAGUCUGGCCUGGACACUGGCGGAAUCCCUGGAGGCAAGAAGUGCAAGUCUGGCCGAUCCGGGCACAUGCUGCAAAUCUUCUUGAGGAGAGAGCUUUGUGACGAGUACGUGUAUCCCUCCUUCGCCUUCGGGGUGCCUGACAAAGCGAGGGACAAGCCCUUCAGCAAAUACAUGGCACAGGACGUCGCCAUUGAGGGCCAGGUGCGGAUCACGCUGAACCCCGAUGUCUUCCUGCGGGCCACUACGGCGCGGAUGUUCACCUUCGCCGCGGAUCCGACCUUUCACUCGAAUCGCAUGGAAUUCCAGGAGGAGCUCAAGGCCCGCCUGGAGCCGAUCCUGGGGUCCGUGGCGGUAAGGACGAAGGCGGCCAAAGGCAUCUUUGGCGGCGAGCCGCCAGACUGGUGGUCCCCGGAGGACCAAAGCGACAUGGCCAAGAUGUCGAAGGGCCGCUACGCUACCUCUGGGCUGGACGAAUGAGCCGCGGCCCGCGGUGCAAGUUUGAGAGGCACGCAAUCGAGAAGUGGCCAGUGUCCCCACUCAUCGAGAGUAUGUGCCUUCAAGCCUUGCCCCUUCAGACGAGGUUGGUGGAUGUUUUCAGUGGAAUCAAAGUGACACUGAGCCCAUACACAGUUGAGCCGAGCUCGCAUGCAGCGCAUGACGGUGGACGGUGGGGCAGCUUUUAACGCUCUAGUUUCCUCUCGCUUUGCGGAAAGUCUGCAC